AUGUCUUCCCCUCGAAGAAUCGGCCUUGGUAUCAUUGGCGCUGGUGAGGUCUUCCAAGUCUGCCAUGGACCUUGCCUUUUGCUUCUCUCGCACUUGUUUAAGAUUGAAUCUAUCUGUGAUCUAUCGCCCACCACGGUAGAUCACUGCGCGAUCAAGUUCAAUGUCCCGCACAAGACUACCACCCCGCAAGAGGUGAUUGAUAACCCCAACGUGGACACAGUCUUCAUCCUCACCUCAGAUGAAAGCCAUGCCCCACUAGCCAUUGCGAGCCUCAAGGCGGGCAAGAAUGUCUUUGUUGAGAAGCCGGUCUCUCUGUCCCUACCCUCGAUGCAAUCGAUCAUCAACGCUGAGAGCAAUGCACCUGGGGGUGCGCGGGUCUUCGUGGGCUAUAUGCGCCGCUAUGCCCCCAGCUUCUUGCAAGCUUUCAAGCGAGAGAUUGCAAGUAUUCCACAAAUUCUGUACGCGCGAGUCCGCGACUUUAGCGGACCGAAUGCGCAGUUCGUCACUCAGAGUGGUACAUUCCAGGUCAAAAAUUCUGAUUAUCCCGCCGGGGCAGCAGAAGAGCGCAACGCAAGCUUGGAAGCCCUGUAUGCAGAGGCUUUCCCAAACCAGGAGAUCACAGAUGAAAAGCGCAAAUUUUGCCGCUUCCUUGGUGGCCUGGGGUCCCACGAUAUCUCCCUUAUGCGUGAAGUCCUUGGGUUUCCCGAACAAGUCGUUGGCGUGUCUGCGAACGAUCCCUUCUACAGCGCAAUCAUGACCUUCCGCAACCAAGAUGGCUCUACUUAUUCAACCACUUAUGAGAGUGGUAUUGACGGUGUUCCGGUAUUUGACGCCCAUAUUGCCGUGUAUGGAGCUAACAAGAGAGUGACGAUCAAGUAUGACAGUCCCUACGUCAAAGGGCUACCCAUUUAUGUGGAAGUGGAGGAGCCGAAUGAGCAUGGCGAGAUUCAGCGGCGGACUAUCCUGUCUUCGUAUGAGGAUGCUUAUACAGCCGAGCUUCAGGAAAUGUAUGAAGCAUUUGUGCACGGCAAAACUAUCAAGACAACUGUCCAAGAUGCCAAGAAGGAUCUUGAGAUCUAUGAUAUGAUGUACAAAUGCUGGAGCGGGAACUAG